GUUUGAAAGGGAGGACCUUAGACUGUCUUAACACAGUCAGUGAGCGAGUGAGUCAGUCUGUCAGUGUGUGAGUGUGUCAGUGUGUGAGUCUGUCAGUGUGUGAGUCUGUCUGUCGGUCUGUCUGUCUGUCUUCCUGUCUGUCUGCCUGUCUGCCUGUCUGCCUGUCUGUCUGUCGGUCCCUCGUCUCUGUGACCGGGAGCUCGAUGGACUUCCAGUCGCUGUGCUCGUUCGCGUCGUUCCGGUCCUCGUGGAGCCGCUACGGCUACGAGGGGGACCUGCAGGCCGAGGUGGAGCAGCAGUUCACCCGGCUGAAAGGAGUCACGUAUCUGGACCAUGCCGGGACGACCCUGUUCCCGGAGUCUCUGGUGACGGCCUUCGCCCUGGACGUCUCCAGGAACCUGUACGGAAACCCUCACAGCCACCACCCCAGCAGCCGGCUGACCCAGGACACGGUGGACCGGGUCCGGUUCAGGGUGCUGCAGCACUUCAACGCGCCCCCCGACGAGUACUCUGUGAUCUUCACCUCCGGGUGCACGGCGGCGCUCAGACUGGUGGCGGAGAGCUUCCCCUGGAGGCCGGCGGCGGAGGGCGAGGUGGGGAGCGUCUUCGGCCACCUGACCGACAGCCACACCUCCGUGGUCGGCAUCAGGGGGCCGGCGUGCGGCCGCGGCGCGGUCGUCCUGCCCGUCUCCCCGCAGGAAGUGGAGGGCCGGGCGCGGCGGCCCGCGGGAGGCGCCGGCCGGACGCCGCACCUCUUCAGCUACCCGGCGCAGAGCAACUUCUCGGGCAGGAAGUACCCCCUCGGCUUCGUGAGAGGCAUCCAGGCGCGGCGCCUCUACCCGGCGUGCGACCACGCGGGCCGCUGGCUGGUGCUGCUGGACGCCGCCUGUCACGUCGGCUGCUCCCCUCUGGACCUGCGGGACUGCCCGGCCGACUUCGUGCCCGUCUCCUUCCACAAGAUGUUCGGCUUCCCCACCGGUCUGGGGGCGCUGCUGGUCCGGAACGACGCGGCGGCCAUACUCACCAAGUCUUACUUCGGGGGAGGCACGGCGGCGGCGUACCUGUCCGGGGAGGAUUACUACGUGCCGGCAGCCAGCGUCUCUGACAGAUUUGAAGACGGCACCGUUUCCUUCUUGGACGUCAUCGCUGUGAAUCACGGCUUUGAAGCUCUUCACCGGAUCACCGGGGGCAUGCACAACAUCCAGCAGCACACGUUCGGCUUGGCGCGCUUCACUUACAUGCUGCUGUCGGCCCUUUGCCAUGGCAACGGGCGCCCGGCGGCUCAGAUGUACACAGAAGGCCGGUUUGAGAGUCCGAGCACACAGGGCGCGAUCCUUAACUUCAACCUCCAGGACUCCGCUGGGCAGAUAAUUGGCUAUUCUCAGGUGGACAGGAUGGCCGCGCUGUACGAUAUCCAUGUGCGCACCGGCUGCUUCUGCAACACCGGCGCCUGUCAGGCCUUCCUGGGGAUCACCAAUCAGCAGAUGCGGAGAAACCUGCAGGCCGGACACGUCUGCGGAGACGGCAUCGACCUGGUGGACGGCCGGCCGACCGGAUCGGUGCGCGUGUCCUUCGGCUACAUGUCCACGUUCCAAGACUGUCAGAAGUUCCUGAGCUUCGUGGCCGAGUGCUUCGUGGAGAAGCCGGUCACGGUGGACCGGGCGAGGCUUGAGCGGCUCGGAGGCGACCGCGAAGAGCCUCACGAGGACGCCGCUCCCCGAGGGACAGGAGACGAGGGGGCGGGGCCUGCGGAAGCAUCGCCCAGGGGAGUUGGACGCAGAGACUCAAGCGGCCACAAGGAGGCGUACACUCUCACCAACAUCUACAUCUACCCCGUCAAAUCAUGCGCCGCCUACGAGGUCCAGGAUUGGCCGGUGGGCCCGCUGGGCCUGCUGCACGACCGCGGCUGGAUGGUGGUGAAUGGAAACGGCGUGUGCCUGAGCCAGAAGAGAGAGACGCGUCUGUGCCUCGUUCGCCCACGAGUCCUCCUGACCUCCAACGAGCUGCUGCUGCAGGCACCAGGCAUGGAGACCCUCAGCCCCUCUCCCCCCAGGGUGCAGGCGGUCGACUGUGGGGCCGAGGCCGCCUCGUGGCUCUCUCACUUCCUCGGACAGCCGUGCCGCCUGAUGAGACAAAGUCCCGAUUCCAGCCGCGACAUGAAGAAGAGGCCGAGCGGCGCUGCCACCUCCUCGCUGCUCUCCUUGGUGAAUGAAGCUCAGUACCUCCUGAUCAGCCGAGCCAGCGUGGAGCUCCUCCUGAAGCUCACGAGCAGCAGUCAGGGCGCCGCCGCUGCGGCCGAGCGGCUCCUCGACACGCAGAACGCCAUCGGCCGCUUCCGGGCCAAUCUGGUGAUCGCCGGAGGAGAGGCCUUCGAGGAGGACGAUUGGUCGCACCUCAUUAUCGGCGACACUCGAUUUGCGGUCGCAGGUCAGUGUGGGAGGUGCCAGAUGAUUGGCGUGGACCAGGAGACGGGGGCCAAAACCAAAGAGCCGCUCACGUCUCUAUCAGCCUACCGCGAGGGGAAGGUGACCUUUGGCGUGUACCUGACCCACGAGCUCCCAGAGGGCUCCGGUCACGCCGUCCGUGUCCUCUCCGCUGGCUCCGCGGUCCAGCCGGAGCCUCGCGGUUCCUGAAGUAAUCAUCUGCAUCGUCCUCUUUAUUUACUCUGGUGACCUCGUUGGUCCCGGGCCGUCAUGCCGGCGCUGCCCGUCCUCGAGGUGCCCGACCCGACGGGGGAAGAGUUGCUGCCACUCUUUUGUUUGUGCCUUGUAUCCUUGGGGCCUCCGGUCCCCAGGGGCCACUUCACAGCAGGACAUUCACAUGUUGUUCCAUGUAAAUCUGCUUUGAUGGAAAAUUUCAGAUUUCUUCCCCUAUGGUUAGGUUCUUAAAAUGUGUGGAUGUGAAAUAAUAAUAAUAAUGAGAUGACAAGA